UUUUUCUUUCUUGAUUUCUUUUCACUUUUAAAAAUGACUUAUUUUCCUUCCCGGCAGUGAUGACCUCCCUAUGAGAACAUGCCUCUCGCAAAGGAUCUCCUUCAUCCCUCUCCAGAAGAGGGGAAGAGGAAACCCAAGAAAAAACGCCUGGUGCAGAGCCCCAAUUCCUACUUUUUGGAUGUGAAAUGCACAGGAUGCUAUAAAAUCACCACGGACUUUAGCCAUGCACAGACGGUAGUCUUGUGUGUUGGCUGCUCCACUGUACUCUGUCAGCCUACAGGUGGACAAGCAAGGCUGACAGAAGGCUGCUCCUUCAGGAGGAAGCAGCACUGA